UUUCUGGAUGUGCAUAAGGACACAAAGACUGAAGAAGUCCUGAAGAUUGAUGGAGGGCCAUGCUAUUCAAACAGCAGGCGUUGCUGAGACAGAAGCUCUUUGUGCUAGGCAGCCUUGCUAUUGGAAGUCUCCUAUAUCUAGUUGCCAGAGUUGGGAGCUUGGAUAGACUGCAGCCCCUCUGCCCCAUCGACGGUCGAUUUGGACCCCGCGGCCAGGACGAAAUCCCGCUGCGAGCUCUGCAGUUCAAGCGAGGGCUGCUCCAUGAAUUCCGAAAGGGCAAUGCCACCAAGGAACAAAUACGACUGCACAAUCUGGUUCAGCAGCUUCCCAAGGCCAUUAUCAUUGGGGUGCGGAAAGGAGGCACUCGAGCACUACUGGAGAUGCUGAACCUUCACCCCGCAGUGGUCAAAGCUUCUCAAGAAAUUCACUUCUUUGACAAUGACGAGAACUAUGCCAAGGGGAUUGAGUGGUACCGGAAAAAAAUGCCUUUUUCUUACCCUCAUCAAAUAACAAUUGAGAAAAGCCCCGCAUAUUUUAUCACUGAGGAAGUACCUGAAAGGAUUUACAAAAUGAACUCAUCUAUCAAAUUAUUGAUCAUUGUCAGGGAACCUACCACAAGAGCUAUUUCUGAUUACACUCAGGUGCUGGAAGGUAAGGAAAGAAAGAACAAAACUUACUACAAAUUUGAGAAGCUGGCUAUUGAUCCUAAUACCUGCGAAGUGAACACUAAGUAUAAGGCAGUGAGAACCAGCAUCUACACAAAACAUCUGGAGAGAUGGUUAAAAUACUUCCCAAUCGAGCAGUUUCAUAUCGUGGACGGAGACCGGCUCAUCACAGAACCACUGCCAGAACUCCAGCUGGUCGAGAAGUUCCUAAAUCUUCCUCCGAGGAUAAGUCAGUACAAUUUAUACUUCAAUGCCACCAGAGGGUUUUACUGCUUGCGAUUUAACAUUGUCUUCAACAAGUGCCUGGCAGGUAGCAAGGGACGCAUCCAUCCAGAGGUGGAUACCUCUGUCAUUACCAAAUUGCGCAAGUUUUUUCAUCCUUUUAAUCAAAAAUUCUACCAGAUCACUGGGAGGACAUUUAACUGGCCCUAAACUAAACUUCAUACAACACUUUCUGUUGCACCUGAGACAUGCAAUAAAUGUCUCUGCUAAAAUAUGCACUUUUCAUAGACACGGCUAUCAAAGUAACUUUU